AAACUCAAAUAUUGACUAAAUGAUCAAGGUUGUAUAAAAUACUGAAAGACAGACUAUUUGUGGGCCGGUUAUUUUAAAAGGAAUCAUAUUUCGUUAAUAAACUUCAGGACAUUAUUGAUACGCAACAGCAAUCACUUGAAAUUUAAAGCUUUGGCAGCCAAGAGCUAUUAACAUUUUCGUGUAAACGUGUGCUUAUAUCAUUUUCUGAAAUCGGAUUUGUACAUCGCACAAUAUUUUGAAGGAAUAAAAGGAAAUUGCAGUAAAAGUGACAUAAUAUCAAUCUUGUUAAGAUUAAAAUUUGUGUCGUGCCAUCAUGGAUCCGAGGGUUUUAUUCUUUGCUGGACUUUUAUUAACAGGGAGUGUGCCUUCCUGUAAUGCUCGACGCUCCGGCGAUGAUGACUCUUGGUUCAGCCUGACGAAUCUUGUCAUGGGCGGCGUUGCUGGGAUAGGUGCCGUUGUUGCGGCACCCGUUGUGCUAGGGGCAGCUGGGUUUGGAGCCGCUGGUGUUGCGGCCGGAUCGUUGGCGGCUGCCGUUCAGGGACCAGCAGUUGUUUCUGGGAGUGCAUUUGCGCUUGCGCAAAGUGCAGGUGCGGCUGGUCUUGGAGUCGGGGCUAAGGCCGCAUUGUUUAUGGGAGGGGCGGCUGCUGGGUCUGCAGCCAGCAAGAAGAACGAUGAUGAAUAAACACAUUUGUCAACUGUUAUAUUUUGUUUCCAUUAAAUACACUGUGCUUAUAGUUAUAUUUCAAUUGUUUAGACCACCUUGAAUAUAUAAUUAAAAAUAUGUAAAGGUUUAAACACUUUAAAUUGAAAAAAAGUUCUACUUAUUGAAUUAAAUGGUGUAUUCAUUGCUAAGGCAACCUUAAAGAGAAUUAUUAUUAUUUAAUCCUAUUUACUUGAUUAUAUUAAGACAAUGCAAAUAAGUAUCAACUUUUGUUACAAUCCAGUUAUGUUUAUUCAUUAGCUUUCAAACUAUUAUUUGUUGUAUAUCGUUGCAUCUCUUUUCUAUUAUACGUUUGAACUUCAAUAUAACCAACAUUUAUUCAACACUCAACUGUAAUAAAGCUUCUUUGAAAUGAAAUAAGUUUAUUUUCAUUCAUACAUAGAUUCGGGUCCGUGUAUAGACCGUCUUUUCGUUUUUCGUUUUUUACAAUUGAAAGUAUAAAACGAAAAAGGAACAUAAAUAUCAUUUUUGGUUUUUCUAAUGAUUGAAUAGAAAACUAAAAUUUAUAGACUUGAAAGAGCGAUGUUGACUGGGAUCAAAAUAUAUACAACCGUUGCCUGAACACGGGUUUCGAAACUCUAAUCCCCAUUGCCACAUCUUGAAAAUUAUU